GUAUAAGGCAGCGAUGCAGCUGUCAGCCUCACAAGCUCCUCAUCUCUGCUGGCUCAGUGAGUAGGAAUGGGCAGGAGGUGGCCUGCUGCCCUCUUGGUGGCCCUGUGGGCCAUCCAGCUGGGCGUGGGGACAGCGGGGCGCUCCAAGGUGAACCCCAGGAUCAUCUCGGCUCCGCAAGGUGCCAAGGAGUAUGUGUUUCCCAGGAGUGAGAAGUACCCUGUCUUCUAUCACCAAGAAAACAGCUCAGCCAUCUAUGUUGGGGGAGAGGGAAAGCUUUAUUACCACGACUUUGCAACCAAUGAGAGCUACACGGAAGACUUCCCAGUCAAAAAUGAAGGGCUGUGCAUCAUGUCUGGGAGUCUGGAUGACAAUAAAAAUUACCUCACCUUGGUGGAGAAGUACGGGGAGGGGAUGUUGGUGUGUGGGACUGGUGCCUGUGCUCCCACCUGCUGGAACUUGACACGGAGGAAGGAGAGCACUCCGUGGGAUGGGAGAGGCAUUGCUCCCUUCACCCCUGACUCCAAUACCCUGGUCAUGGUUGAUGGCAAUGACAUCUACUCCACCAUCAAGAAGAGCCAGCAGAACGGGAAGAUACCCCGGUUCCGACGUGUGAGGGGUGGUGGGGAGCUCUACACCAGUGACACCGUGAUGCAGAACCCUCAGUUUGUCAAAGCCACCACAUUAAUCCACGAAGAGCCUCACCAGGACAAGAUUUACUACUUCUUCCGUGAAGAUAACCCAGACAAGAGUCCUGAGGCCCCCAGAAACAUCUCCCGAGUGGCCCAGCUGUGUAAGGAAGACAAAGGGGGAACCAGCUCUCUCUCUGCUUCCAAGUGGACCACCUUCCUGAAGGCCAGCUUGAUUUGUGUUGACCCGGUCACCAAGGGCAACUUCAACUGGUUGCAAGAUGUCUUCUUCGUCCCUGCCAGCAACUGGAGGAAAUCCAAAGUCUACGGGCUCUUCACAAACACCUGGGGAAGCUCUGCUGUUUGUGUCUAUUCCUUUGAGGACAUUGACAACGUGUUUAGGACAUCCAGACUCAAAGGCUACAAUGGGCCCAACCCAGAGAUCAAGCCUGGGCAGUGUGUUUCCUCUGGCCAGCACACCCCUAGUGAGACCUUCAAGAUAGCUGACAGCCACCCAGAGGUGGAGGACCGUGUGGAGCCCCUCUCCCCCACCAAGAGCCCCCUGUUCCACAACAAACACCGCUACCAGAAGAUCGGGGUGCACAGGGUGGCUGCAGGCAAUGGCCACCACUACAACGUGCUCUACCUGGCUACAGACAAGGGAUCCAUCCACAAGAUUGUGGAGCUGCCGGAUGGGGUGCAGAACAUCAUGGAGCUCCAGGUCUUCCCAAAAAAAGACCCGAUCCAGUCCAUGAUCCUGGACCACAACAGGGCCAUGCUCUACGUUGGCUCAGCAGAUAAAGUGCUGGAGAUCCCCAUGGACAUGUGCAGGGUGUAUCGCAACAACUGUGACAGCUGCCUGUUGGCACGGGACCCCUACUGCGGGUGGUACAACGGCACCUGUCAGUCGGUUUACCUGACCCGGGAGGUACAUCAGAACCUGAACCUGGACCUGGGGCGAGGAGAGUGCCAGAAAGGAGAUAUGAAAGAAGAUGAUUACCAGAACAUCACAGUCGUCCCUUUCUCCCGCUACUACCUCAACUGUCCCAUCGAGUCCCACUAUGCCACCUACAACUGGUACCACAACAACAGCCUCAUCAAGACCUGCAACACCACCCACCCCCAGCAGGACUGCUUCCAUUUCAUCCAGAACGUCAGCCACGUUCACUAUGGCCACUACGUCUGCAUUUCAGAGGAGGAUGGCUUUAAGCAGGCUCUGGUGAAGGAGCGCCUGGUCAACCAGCUCAGGUUCAUGUCCCAGAAGGGCCAGGCCACCAUGAUGUUUGCCUCUGGGCUGCAGCUGCUCCUGAUGCUGGUGCUGGUGGAGCUCUUCCACUGAAUCCAACAGGACUGUCUUCCCACCAUCCCGGCUGCUGCCACUCCUUGUGCACUUGCUGUCCUCUUCCUGAGGAGAGGUUCCCGUUCUCUUCAUCGCUCCUUGGACGUUGAUCUUGGACUGUCCCAGAAGGGGUCCUGGGCAGCAACCCCUCCCUCUUUGGCCUUCCUUGGUGGAAGAGUCGUGGUGAAGAAGAUGCUGGAUGGAACGGGGAGGGAAGGGGGGCCCUAGGAGGUGGGGGACAUUCCCUGGACCCAGCAGCAGCAGGAUGGGAGUGGUAUCAGCCUCUCCCCACGCUGGUGGCUCCGUACUGGUUAUCGUCCUGAGCCCACGCCGGGUGUGGACGUUCAGGAGACUUUGCCUACAUGCAUGCACUGAUCCUCAGGGCACGGCCACUCCUCUCUUUGGGAACGUGCAUGUGAUGAAGAGGAGGAGCCAGCCCUCGGCCUUUCUACCUGGUUGCCCCGUGCUCCGCUUCUGGGCGGGGACUGAUGCCUCCAAGUUUUUCAGUGGCUGACGUCGAUUUGGGUUGGCAAGCAGCUGGACCGCUCCCGGUGGCACAUGUGAGUCUCCUUCUGGGAUGGAGAAUCGGGCUCUGGAAGGACUUUGGGUUUCUUUGAUUUGGUAGGGGAGGGAGUUGGGGAACUAGUGCUAGAAACCUGCAGGCAAGGGCAGGCACAAAGUUAGCGUUUUGCAUGGAAAAAAAAAAAAAAAGCCGCCGAGGAUGAUUCGAUUUGGGGCACGGGGCAGGGACAGCUGGAAGGGGAGGUGGAAGCAGAGUCCAAACCAAACCCCGAGGAGGCUCCGGGUCCGAGUUUUUUAAACGCACAACUCCUCUGCAGGCAGCUAAAGGGCAUUUAUGGGCGGGCAGCAGGCAGCCCCUGCUCCCGGCACCGGGCUUCCUCAGGGCCAGAGGCGGCUCGCUGCCCAUCUCAGGGCUCGGGGGGGGGACUGGGACUGUCCCCGCCACCCGCAGCAGAUCUGUCUUUCCCCCUCCCCCCGAGGGGACAGGAAAGGCACCCAGGGUUGCUUCCUUGGGCUUUCGAGGUCUCCGCAAAAAGACGAAACUGUGAAAACCGGGACGUUCCGCUCGCCCCUGGGCGAGGGGAUGAUCCACACCUUUGUCCAACCUUUCCCAGCCCUCUCCGGAGCCGAAACUCCUCAGCCUCGGGCAGGGUGAUGGAGCGGGGCAUCCUAUCUCAUGCUUCCAAUAACCUGGCACGGCAGCACAGCUCCUGCUUUGUGCCUGCUCAGAGACACUCAGGAGAGCCCGAUUUUUGGCAAUGGAGAGAGCUGCCCCGUGCCUCUUGUCACCGCAGACUAUGGACAACGGGCCAGAGCUUCCUUCUGCACUACAUUUCUGAGAUUAACCCCCCCCCCCCCCUCAAGACCCCCCCGGAUCUAGGAUAGAGCUUCUUACAUCCCUUCUCAAAGCACUUUAACUUUGUGAGCUAACAAAUAACCUAUUUAUUAUCGACUGGUCAUUACUUGGAUAAUUUUAUAACAUUCUAGGAAGUGGGUUCAGAUUAAGAAGUGAAAAAACAAAACAAAACAGCUACCAAAAA